GACAAAAUUAAGCCUUAGGUAUCAACAAAAGUAAACAAAGGCCAAAACUGGAAGCUUCUAUUUGCCAAAUCGACCCAGGAUUGUACUAUACUGUCUAGUAUGGGAAAACAUUGUCAAACAUUGGCCUGGUCGAACAAAGACUUCAGUCUAUCCCAUGCAGAGACCUUCAUCAAGGAUGCCAAGAUUUAGGUUUUCUGGUCACCAGAAAAGUGAAGCCAAAAUUCAGGGAGUUGUUUUCUUUGGUCCUGAAAUCCCUGAACUGGUGCAUGACGAUGAGUUCAAAAAGAAAAGUAUACCAGACGUCCCACCAAAGCCUGGUGAGCUUCGAACGGAGCUGCAGGGCUACAAAGUCAGAGAAGAAGCCUUAAAGAAGGUUAAAUCUGAACAAGAUACCGGCUGAUGUGGAUCUACAUCCUCUGUGUGACAGACACUGAAAGAAGCAGAUAGCACUAGCCCCACUAUGUCAUGUGUGGGAUGUCUGCACAUAAAUAUCUUCUGUGUUUUCUUCUAAUGGGACAAACAGGAGAAGAAUAAAGUACCAUAUCAUUGGUUAUCAGGGAUCUUAAGGAUCUUAUCCGGAUUAUCUCCCCCCCGGCUGUUAUUGCAUUUCUUCUUCCUUCUUGAAUGUGUUUGCAUUGUUAAAGUGCAAAAUACUCUGAGGUUUUAAUCAUGAAAACAUAUAGCGGGAGUUGGAGUCAUGAAAGAGUUUAUGGCCUCCACCAUGGAGAUAAAAAUGUUUUCAAUAAAAAAAAAAACAUCAAACAAGAAUUUUGGCAGCACUUUGUGGUACAUGAGAGUGAUUUAAACUGAAAUGCAUACAAUUUCCUUUUUUGGAACAAAAAAAUUUAAUAGAUAUUCUUUUGGGCGGGGGAGUUGUUCCACUCAUUGGAUGACAGCAUGAGACUUAUGAUUUUUAAUGUUGACUGUAAUUGGUUAGGGAGGGAGAUAUGAAGUGUUCUUAGUAUAGUGUGGCAUGCAAUGCAUUCAUUUGAUCACAUUUUUUGUUGUAUUCAAGCUUGAAGUGCUUUUCAUCAAAAUAGCUUUUGACAGUCCUUUUUUUUAAGAUCACAAGUCUAAACUCCUACAUGUUGGCAGGCGUAAAGUUUAAGUUAAGGUUAAAUAACAAUGGAAAUAAUGCCUUUCAAUUGAUAAGUGCCACAGAGAAGUAGAGUGUCAAAUUAUUUUUUACAAAGGAGUACAUAAGUAAAGUAAUAAGACCCCAACACUGAUUGUUUGAGGGAGCUCCUAUCUAUCAAUACAAACUGACAUUAUAACUGAGAGGGUUACACAUAAGCCAAGAUGGUGUUAUAAUUUCCAGAGGAGAAAGGUUUUUUUAAAAACUUUAAUUUGGGCCUAGCUUUUACACAUUUAUUAAUCAUGUUCAGUUGAUAGUUAUAUAAAUGCUGUUUAAAUGGCUUUACCAUGCAAGUAUUGUAGAUAAUGCUUCAGGCAGCAUAUUUGAUGGGAAGACUGGCUUCCGAUCAAAUAUUAUUGCCCUGCUUCUCUUCUGACCAGUUCAUAAGCAAGUAAGGUUUAUUUAUGUAGCACUUUCCAAGAACAAACUUCACAAUAAAGUACUUUACAAAGUGGUAAAAACCUGGUGGUCACAACAAAAGCCCAGUCACCAGUACUUGUAUUGCUCAGCACUGUUGGAUAAGAAUAUGGCUAAGACAGAAGGAAUGUAACUUAGUACGUUUACUCAAGUACUUUACUGAAAAACAGUACUUUAUUUACGUAUUUCUGUGUUGUGCUACUUUCUGCUUCUGCUCCGCUAUAUGGAUGCAGAUGUCGUGCUUUGUACUCCAUGCCGUACGUUUUUAAACUGUAGGUUCGAUAGUUUAUAGACAGAUCAUUUCUUCCCUGUUCAUGGUUUCGGUGUGCCAACCCAGUGAAAACAUCCUGGACACAGCCCUGACCCCGACCUGCGUAUCAUAGCAACAGGUUCAAACAAAAGGGGAAAAGAUGGCGGCGCGGAGGGAGGAAGACGCAGCUGUUUAUCUGGAGAAACACAAACUCAUCGAGCUUAUGGACAACCUGACUAGCAUGCUCUUCUUUUACAGACCCGAGAAACCCAGGGAGUUUCUUAUUGAAAAACUGGAGCAGCUAAAGCUGUCUCAACAGAGUGGUGUGAUUGGGCCAAAUCUGUUCGAUGACUCUAACCUGGAUGUAGUCUUUAGGAUUAUGGACCCUGAUAAUAAACAAUACAUCUCUUUUGUCCAGUACAAACAAGCUUUGACAAUGAUGGGCAUAAAAGACAUCAAUGAAUGUCCCGAUGGUGUAAAUGAAGAUCGGAUAUCCCAUGAGACGUUCAAAACAGAAGCGACACAAGGUCUGGAGAGGUGCUCAGCAACUUAUGUACAGCUGUGAAGUGUUGAAGCUACUGCCCAGCCCAGCUUUGAACUGUUUAGUUUGAAAUGUUAAAAUGUGUAUCUUUAUCUACCAAUAAAUUCAAACCAAAAAAGGCACAGCA